AGACGAAAACAGUGAUUGAAUUCUUAAUGAACUGAAAAUAUUGCGUCAAGAACAACAACUAAAACUGUUUAUGAGCUAUAUAUUUCUGCGUCCACUGCGGCAAUUCAAACUUUUAUGACAAGUACAGUGAGUUAAGAGCAGCGACUUAAAUUGUUUAUUAGCUAAAACUGCUUCAAAGUUUUGAAAACAGCAGACAUGAAAAAGUAUUUUUUAAUAGUCUCUCGCAAAGAUUGGAACAAAAUCAAGUUUUUAUUGUACAAUAUUUUAGAUAAAACAGGUACAAAAUCAUCUUUUAUUUAUAACAUUAUUGUGUUUCUGUUCUUAGCAGGAGCCGUAAUUUUGCAUAUAGUGUCAACCGUAAACAUUCUAGAAGAAAACUUCAAUUUACGUUUUGCAAUAUUUGUUUACGACUUUUUCGUACUCAUUUUCUUUGGUUUUGAAUUUGUAAUUCGUUUAUUCGUUUGCAGUGCAAACGUAAGAUACUGUGGAAUUCGUGGAAGACUGAUAUACAUCAAGAAAGUUUACACUUUGAUUGAUAUUUUAGUAAUAGUUUCAUCAGUAGUUAUUAUUGUUUUACAUUAUAAUGAGUCGUACAGAGGGACAAUGCAUUAUGCUAAUUAUUUUCAAAUAUUACGAUUGGUUCGAAUUGAUAGAACAAAAGGUCAUUUAGAAACAAUGUGGCAGGCAAUUUAUAGUCACAGAAAAGAACUUUUAACAUGUUACUUUUCUUGUAUAUCUAUACUCGUGCUAGGAACUUAUAUCAUUUUCCUAAUGGAAAGUCAAUCAGAGCCAACAGAUCACAGCAUUGAUAAUAUGAUGAAUGGUUUAUAUUGGGGUAUUGUAACAUUUACAACAACUGGAUAUGGAGAUUAUGCUCCACAAACAUGGUACGGGCAGCUGAUCACUGGACUUUUGUGUAUGAUAGGAUGUGCUUUCUUUGCGCUUCCGGCUGGUAUCUUAGGCUCCGGAUUUGCUUUGCAAGUCUCUAAAAAGAAAAAAGAAAAAGGUUCAAUAAAAGUGAAAAAUCCUGCCGCAAUAUUAAUUCAAUGCGCGUGGAGAAAUUAUGCAGUCAAAAAUUUAAACUCGAAAGCAACGUGGAAAUAUGUAAUAUCAAAAAUUGCGGCUGAAAAAGAAAAAGCCAACGCUGCUAAACAACUCAGUUCUCGAGUAACAACUUUCAGCAACUUAAACACUGACGACCAUAUUAACAGCGCUGGUAUAAUUCAAAGUUCAAAUUUAAAAACACCAAAAAGAAAAGAUCACAAGGAAAAGUCAAAAACAAACGGAGCUGGGCAACCUAAUUAUGAUACUACAUCAAAUUAUCGAGGAAUAAGUUUAAUAAGAAGCUCUGACACAAGAAUUGUAAAAAGUUAUGAUAAUAUUGAUCACGUUGUAAGCGCUGGCAUAAUUGAAAAUUCAAGUUGUGAAAAUUUAAGAAGAAAUUAUCAAAUAGCAAAGUUUAACGAAAAAACUAACGCGAAUAAAAAAGUAACAAUUUCUAUUGAUCAUGUGAAUAGUGUUGGUAUUAUUGAAAAUAGAAACUUAAAAACGCCCAAAAAAAUAUUUAAUAACAAAAACCUUCGACAGAAAAGUUUUAAAAACAAAACAAAUGAAAACUGUUUUGACGAGCUUGUUGAUAUUUUCUUAAAACAUAACCAAUCAGAGUGCUGGUCUGCUGAGAUCCCCUUUAAAUAUAAAUUCCUAUAUAACUUUAUUAGCAUUCUUAAAGUAAUUUUAGCAGUGAAAUUCUUUUCUGUCACUAGACACCCCUACGUUAAUCUUGAACAUAUUCUUCAGAUAAAUAAUUUGAGUCUUUCAUGCUCGUCGUCUCUUUUAAGAGAAAUAAAAAGCACCAUUGGGCUAAUACAGUCUGAAAUUAAAGAUUUGCAAAAAGAGAUUCAAGAACUGAAAAACUCAAAAAACCAAAGAAAAUAUUCUAGUUGCAUUGACAAUGAUAAUAUCAACUUACGUUACUGAAAAUAAUGACAUUAAAUUGUUGAAGAUUUAAAUAAUUUAAAAAGUGUUGAAGUUAUAAUGAAAUACCGAGUCGCUUUAUUGAAGAUAAAUUCAAAAGAUAAUGUUUAUAGCCGGAUUAUAUCAUAUUAGCUUUUCUGGAAAGAAACGCCUUUUAAUUAUCAUUCAUUUUUAAAGUAUUUUAAUUUAAGAUUUGGAUAAAUACCGUUUUUUUGUUAGAACUUUUUUUGGAUAACUUUUUAAUACUAAAUAUUUUUAAACUAUUAUAUUAUGAGAUU